ACCUAAUCCCUCAACCCGAAAGCGCGGUAAGAAGCCACCAUCCCCAACUUUGCCCGCAACCCAGGUAGUAGUUUCGUACCUUUCCUGGGGACCCCAGAUGCUAGCUAGUAGCGUCAUGGCUCAGGUGGCGAAUUAUUAUAAAGAGAUCUUACGUUCUCUUCUUAAAAAAGAAAAUAUAUGGGGUAUCAAACACCGGAGAAGGUCCUAGAACAUCCAUCACAAUCCGCAUCUUAAAGUUUACGCUGCAUUGCACCUCUGUCCCUGGCAUGUUACUUUUGAGAAGUUGACUUGAAUUACGACACGAACCUCGAAGACAACAUGUCGAAGCUUACCGGUUCCGCCCUUGAUUGGGCCAUCACCCUCGCGGCAGGCACGGGAUUCCUGCUCUUUGGUUAUGAUCAGGGUGUAAUGAGUGGUUUGUUGACCGGCUCUGCAUUCAUCGCACAGUUCCCUGCCAUCGACACGACUCAUGGCGGCGGUGGAAGCUCCUCUUUGCAGGGGUUAGUCGUUGCCAUCUACGAGAUUGGAUGCUUCAUCGGUGCCAUCAUCGCCUUUGCUUUCGGUGAGCGCCUUGGGCGGCGCUGGACCAUCAUCCUGGGAUGCGCAAUUCUCAUCAUCGGCGCUGCUGUACAGACUGCUGCGACUGAGAUCUCGCAUCUGAUUGCUGGACGAAUUGUGGCUGGCUUAGGCAACGGCAUGAAUACUGCCACUAUUCCCGUGUGGCAUUCUGAGCUCAUGAAACCAACACUGCGAGGCAAAGGUCUGUCCAUUGAGUUGGCCAUUACCAUCUUCGGUGUUAUGCUUUCAUACUGGGUCGACUACGGCAUGAGUUACGUUGACAACGAAGCUCAAUUCCGCUUCCCAAUUGCAUUCCAAAUCAUCUUCGCUCUGAUUACCAUGGCGAUGAUGUACUUCCUCCCCGAGUCACCACGUUGGCUCGUCGCCCACGACCGGUCCGACGAAGCUAGCAUAGUCCUGUGGAGGUUACAGAAGAAUGCAUCUGAAAUCAAUCAAGAUAGCCAUGUCGUCGUUGCCGAACUCCACGGUAUCCAGUACGCACUUGAGGAGGAAAGGGCAGCUGCGGGAGGUACCAGCUUCCUAGCCAUUUUCAAGAGUGGCCCGCAGAGAUUCCGUCACCGAACCCUCCUCGGUAUUGGAGGUCAGUUCAUGCAGCAGCUUUCGGGUAUUAACUUGAUUACAUAUUAUGCUCCUGUGAUCUUCGAAGUUUCCGUGGGUAUUCCACAUUCUACCGCCAUGCUGCUCGCUGGCUUUAAUGGAAUUGCAUACUUCUUCUCCUCGCUCAUCCCCAUUUGGUGCCUUGACCGUCUCGGUCGUCGUAAACUCAUGCUGUUCGCCGCUUGCGGCCAAUGCGUCUGCAUGGCUGUACUGUCCGGAACAGUUGCUAAUGGCAGCAAGCCUAGCGGGAUUGUUGCUAUCGUGAUGCUCUUCCUCUUCAAUUUCUUCUUUGCCGUUGGUUUACUCGCUAUCCCAUGGUUACUCCCUGCAGAGUACGCACCGCUUGCUAUCCGCACCAAAUCAGCGGCCCUGGCUACCGCAUCAAACUGGAUCUUCACCUUCCUCGUCGUUAUGAUCACCCCUGUUUCUAUCGACAGAAUUCAGUGGCGGACCUACAUCUACUUUGCCGCACUAAAUUUGCUUUUCAUCCCAAUCAUCUGGUUUUUCUAUCCUGAGACCAGGAACUUGUCGCUUGAACAAAUCGAUUUGCUUUUCACAGGAGAGAAGGUUUUGCUUCACUGGGACGCGAGCAUGGGUGAUCUUCGAGGAUCACUCGCAAAGGAGGCACCAUCUAGAGUUCUUCAAGUUUCGAUAGAGGAUGAUAAGUCUAUUGAUAACGCUGCUCGCCAUGUUGAAUAGAGAAGAUUAUAGCUUAGAGUUUGAGCUUAGGAAGUGUGU